AUGCAGUCCAAGGACGAACCGCAGCUGUCGGAUCUCCUCCUCCCGUCAUCGCUACCAUUCAAGCGCGUGCAGCUGGAGGAGAAGUACCCGCGCGGGUCGCAGGUGCGCGGCGGGCGGCACUGGAAGCACCUGAAGCAGAUCCUGCAGCCGCACAACCUGAGCGACCUGCCGCCCGACGAAGCCAAUUACGUGACGAUCGAGGCGCCGCCGUCAAUGUACCCCGCUAAGAAGUACUGCGAUAUAACGGGGCUCGAGGCGCCCUACACGGACCCGCACAGCAAGCUGCGCUACGCCAACCCCGCCGCCUUCGCCAUCGCGCGCUCGCUCCCCCACCCGCACGCGCAGGCCUUCCUCGCGCUCAGAGGCGCGCAGACCAUCGCCUCUUGCCGGAGCGCGCUCUUUGGUCUCUCUCCGUUGGUCCCACACAGGCCGACUGAGCGAUUCGCUGGGUCUCUCGGGCACUCUCCCUGCCACAGCCUCGCAUCUCCCUGCCGCCGCUACACUGCUGCGCGCUGGCGUGGCCUUGCUGCUCGAGCGGGUGGUGUUGCUACAAGCGGAGGAGGAGACAGCGUAGGCGGUGUGACUCUAACGGAUGUGAUAGAGUCGGGUGUGGGUGGGAUGGAAGGAGAGCGGAGGAGGGACGGGGUGGGGUCUGGUGAGGACAGGGUUGGGAGAGGGGGGGUGGGGACGGGGUCUGGUGAGAACAGGUUUGGGAACGGAAGCAGGGUGGGAAUGGAAUCUGACAUUCCCAAGGUUGUGUGGGAGCUCGAGCAGGAGACCAAAGACCUGCUGGAAUGGCCAAUCGUGUGCCGCCAGGUGGCGCGAUUCGCGGACACAGUAAUGGGGUACAGAGAGGCGGAGGAGGGGAGGCUGGCAGUGGGGCGCACGUGGGAGGAGAGCCAGGCGCUGCUGCAGCAGACGGAGGCAGCGCUGCUGCUGCCACGACGGCUGGACUUCAACGGUGCUGUGGACGUGGGAGGGUUGCUCUCACGGCUCGACCGUGCUGCUGCUGCUAGUGAUGUUGGUGAUGGUAUGGCCGCGUCUUCUGGCAGUGAUAGUGAUGUUGACGGCAGUGACAGCGAUUCUGGUUCUGCGGACUCUAAUGGGAGCACCGCGAGUGCUGCCACUGCUGCCACAGCUGCACCCCCCCCGGCCAUGACCAUAACCCCCUCGGAGCUUCUGUCAGUGGCAUCUCUCCUGCAAUCAGGCAUUGAUCUAGGGGCGGGCAUUGGGCUGGUCCCAGAUGAAUCUGGCAUUCUCUGCCCCUCCUCUUCCUCUUACUCUUCCUCCUCCUCCUCCUCCUCCUCCUCCUCCUCCUCCUCCUCCUCCUCCUCCUCCUCCUCCUCCUCCUCCUCCUCCUCCUCGACCCCCUCGCAUCUCGCCCCUCUCACGGCCCUCCUCUCCUCUGCUGCCACGUGUCCCCAUCUCCUCCUCCGCAUCCGCACCGCCAUCAACCCGCGCCUCAAGUCCCUCGCUGACUCAGCAAGCGCUGAGCUGGCAGCCAUCCGCGCCGCCAGGAGGGACAACCGGCGCCAGCUGGACGAAUCACUACAAAGAGCCGCGCGGCGUGUGGUGGAGGGAGGAGGAAUGGAUGAGGCACAGGUGAGUAGGAGGAGAGGGAGGGGGUGCGUGGCGGUGCGAGCAGGGAAAAAGAGUGCUGUCACACCCGGGGGUGUUACCUUGGAUGUUAGUAACACUGGCGCUACACUCUUUGUGGAGCCUGUAGAGGCUAUUGAGUUGAACAAUAACGAAGCAGAGCUGAGUGGGCAGGAGGCAGAGGAGGAGAGGCGGGUGCUGAGGGAAAUGGCGGAGCAGGUGGCGGAUUGUGCACCUGGUAUGGGGGGGAAUACCCUUGUAGGAAGAGAAUCUGACAAAAUCGAAUCUUUUGCGGUUGAGAUUCGCGGCAUCCAGCACCCAGUGCUGAUGGAGAUGUAUCUUGACGCCCUCAGUGCUGCUGCUCAGAGCAGGACGGGUAAAAGCACAGGUGCAGCAGACACCAAGUCAGUAGCAGCAUCAGGAGGAGGAGGAGCAGAAGAAGAAGCAGCAGCAGCAGCAUCACCCCAGCCGUCUCCCCCGGUGCCCAUAGACCUGCUGGUGCCGGCUGGCGUGGCAGUGGUGGUCAUCUCCGGCCCCAAUGCGGGCGGCAAGACCGCCGCCCUCAAGACCCUCGGGAUUGCCGCGCUCAUGGCCAAGGCGGGGCUCUUCCUGCCCCUGGCGGGGGAAGUGGGGGGACAGCGAGCAGGGGAAGACAAGGCAGGUGCGGAGAGUGGGCGCGGGAGUGGGGGAAUGGGAGGAGCAAGCAGAGGGAGGGGGCGGGUGGCGGUGGUGCCGUGGUUUGACGGCGUGGUGGCGGACAUUGGAGACGAGCAGUCGCUGGAGCAGAGCCUCUCCACCUUCAGUGCGCACAUGCGCCGCGUCUCCCGCAUCCUCCUCGCCUCCUCUCCCCACUCGCCCUCCUCCCCUUCCCCUCCCUCCUCUUCCUCUGCACCUUCCUCUCCCACCUCUCCCUCCUCUCCGUCUCCUGCUUUUUCCUCCCCCGCCUCAUCCACCCCCUCUCCCGCCACCUCCGCCACACUAGUGCUUCUGGACGAGGCGGGCAGUGGCACGGACCCAUCAGAGGGAGCAGCGCUCGCAGCGGCCAUUCUGAAGCACCUGGCUGGGUGCAACGGGCUCACACUCGCCACCACUCACUACGCUGACCUUAAGAAGCUCAAGGUGGGGAGGGAAGGCAAGCUUCUCCCGCCCCCCAGUCUUCCCUCUGCACCUCUCUCUUUCCCUCCGCCUCCUCACUCCCCUCCGAGCUCCACCGAUUCCCGACUCGUGAACGCUGGUACAGAACUCAACCAAUUCCUUCUGCGCCUGUCCUCCAGAUCCUCUGGGCCGCCUAGACCCACCUCCCACAGCCUCGUUUUUGUCCGAUCACCUGCCCAACACCUCCUUUUCCUUCAUCCCCUACCAUUCCCCCCAUCGCCCACCCAACUCCCUGUCCCCUCCUCCCUUCAGGCUGCUGAUUCCCGGUUUGAGAAUGCCAGCGUCGCGUUCGACCCGGUCUCCCUGCGUCCGUCCUUCCACAUCCUCUGGGGUCUCCCCGGCACCUCCCACGCCCUCUCCCUCGCUGCCUCCCGCGGCCUGCCUCCUUCCCUUGUCGCCAGAGCCGCCAGGCUGGCCCGUGCUGCCAGUCUAGAGGCAGGGGAGGAGGAGGAGGGGGAAGAGGCGGUGAGGGAGGAAGAGGAGGGGAGGGGAAUAGGAGAGAGAAGGCAAGGGGGAGAGAGUGAGUCGGACGAGUAUGCUUCCCUGGGAGGGGGAAGUGGGGAGGGUGAGGAGGUGGGAAUACUAGCAUCACUCAAGCAGCAGUGGCAGCGGAACGUGGAAGAUGCGAGAGAGGCAGCCGAGGCAAGGCAACAAGCCGAAAGGCUUUUGAAAGACCUGCAGGCGCACUACACCAGCAGGAGCACCUCGCAGCAGGGCCAGCAGGAGCAGCCUGUGCAUGUGAGGGAGGUGCGGUGGAAGAGAAGGUAUCAGAGGGACGUUCAGGAGGAGGUCUUGGCAGCAAGGGAGGAGAUUUCCCGCAUUGUUGCCGCUUUUCAGGAAGCCUCCCUUGCUAGUGUUCCGGAGCGGGCGGCGACGGACCAGGCCUGUGCUGACGUGGCAGCGGUGGCGGCUUUGACGGGCCUCUCUCCCGAGGCUAACCCUGCUAUAGGUUCGGAUGCUUCGGUUGGUGGCUCGGCGAGAGACCCAGGAGGGGCGGACUGGGUUCCUGCUCUGGGAGAGCCUGUGUAUGUGAGGAGGUUCGGCACCAGCAUGCGUGGUACUGUGGUGGCAGUGGGCGGUGGUUCGGGAGAAGCCUCGGCAGAAACAGCAGGUGCUCGGUCUGUGACGGUUCAACUGGGAAAUCUGCGAUUGCAAGUGCAGAGAGCAGACCUCCUUCCCGCCGCCGAUGGCAGUGGUGAUGGUGGACAGAGCAGGACAGAUGGAGAGGCAGGAAGGAGGGGGAGAACAGGAGGACUGUUUGGCCGCCAUUGGGAGCAAGAUGAUGACAGCAACAGCAACACCAACUCAAAUAAGACUCGUGUUUCCAAGCGUGGCGGUCAGUUGCCCUCCCCGUCCUCCUCCUCUUCCUCCCCUCUGCCAGCGGUGAGAGAGGCAGCGGUACAGACAGCACGGAACACAGUGGAUGUGAGGGGGCGGAGUGCAGAGGAUGCAUUAGCAGCGGUGGACCUAGCAGUGCAGUGCAGCCCGCCUGGUGCUGUGCUCUUCAUUGUGCAUGGGCUUGGCACGGGCGUGCUUCGGGCAGCUGAUAGCUCAGCAGUGAACUGUUGGUGCAACAAGAAGAAAUAUCAGCAAGGGGCAGAGAAAUCAGGUUAG